AUGGAAGCCCUUCCUGAAGAGAUCAUAGAUGUAAUCUUCCUGAGGUUACCCAUCAAGUCUUUACUCAAAUGUAAAGCAGUGUGCAAGACAUGGAACUCUAUAAUCUCAACCUCUAGUUUCAUCGACACCCACCUCCACCUCAACUGCAGAGACGGCCAACUCCUCUUGCUACAGGCUUUUUCAUCACCUGCAGAUAGGAGGGAGCCUUUCUCGUUGCAUCGAGAUAACCCUUCGUUCGAUGUGUAUACCAAGCUUAGAAAUCCAUUCUUAGCUUACGAUAGGACACAAGCUGCUAUCUCCAAAAAAAAAUCAAUAGCUUUAGGUAGUGAGCCUAUCAAUGUGGUCGGGACUUGUAACGGGCUGGUAUGCCUUGUUGCUCGUGACUUUACUGUGUUAAUUUGGAACCCUAGUAUUCGAAAGUUCGUGGUUUUGGCCAGGCCUAGUGUCACCUUCAUCAGGGAUGAUAACCCUAGAAUAAGUUAUGCCUUCGGUUAUGAUUCGUCCACCAAUGACUAUAAGGUUUUGAGAACUGUGAGUUAUGUUCAGGGAGCUCGUUCAUGUGAAGUUGAGAUUUGGUCAUUGGCCCGUGGCUCAUGGAAGAGUCUAACUGCUUCCAUUGUUAUUUCUGGUGACGACGCCCGUUAUCCCAAAGCUUUUCUUCAUGACACUCAUGCUUUUGUCAAUGGUGCUCUGCAUUGGUUUCAUCAGUAUAAGAUGAUAAACUACCACGAUUCCAUUGUUUCCUUUGAUAUUUCAAGUGAAUCAUUUGGCGAAAUGACAAUGCCUGCAUUCUGGGGAAAUAGAGAGAUUUGCUUAAUUUCAAGAUACAGGGACUCCCUUGCUUUCUUUGAACAAGAAUUUACUGAUGUAUUUCGUCUUGGCGUAUUUCGUCUUAGCAUGUGGGUCAUGGAAGAGUAUGGUGUGGCAAACUCCUGCACUAUUAUUUUCACUAUGGACUUCCAUCAUAUAACAUAUCCAUAUCCACGGCCGCUAUGGUUCAGAAACAGUGGUGAUGUAGUGCUCGAGCGCAUUCAGGGAGUGCUGAAAUCGGUGGAUUCUAAGACCAAAAGCACUACUGAUUUUCGAAUCAAUGGGUAUGUGUCUUACGACUUUAUGGAUUAUUUUGUAGAAAGCCUUGUAUUACUAGACAAACCCAAUGCUAUUUCAUACUAA